AUGAGUUCUGAUUCCAAACAGAACAAGCCUUCCGCAGAGGUAGCAAAGGUCGAUGAUGUUUAUCUCUCUGCUUUAGUACUAAGUUUCAGUCGAGUCUUCCCUGCAAUUCUAAAUGCUGCUAUUGAUCUCAAUUUGUUUGAUAUCAUAGCAAAGGUACAAAGGUCACGUGAUUCAAGCGUGUCUGCCUCUGAGAUUGCUUCUCUGUUUCCAAAUCCACACACAGAAUUGGCUAAAAGGCUUGACCGCAUAUUGCCUCUGCUAGCUAGUUAUUCUCUUCUGAGUUGUUCCAUUCGCACCAAUGAAGAUGGUAAGAGAGAAAGGGUUUAUCUGCUCUCACCCGUUGGGGAAUACUUUUCACAUCUCCAUGAUGGACACUCUUUGGCUCCUCUCUCAACCUUAAAACACCACGGAUUUCAUGACCUUUGGAAAAAUGUGAAGGAUGCAAUUUUGGACCCUAAUUGCAAUACACAUUUUGAAAGUGUCUAUGGAAUGCCUGCGUAUGAAUAUAUGGAGACAAACGAGGAGAUGAAUAAAUAUUUUUACGAAGCAAUGAACUACUCUGCCCCGUUAGAUGUGAAAAGGGUACUGACAAUAUAUAAAGGGUUUGAGGGAGUGUCAACGUUGGUUGAUGUAGGAGGGUCAACAGGGCAGACCCUAAAACAGAUUAUAUCUGCUUAUCCUUCAAUCAAAGGAAUUAAUUUUGACUUGCCUCAGAUGAUUCAAGGGGCAAGUCCUUUUCCAGGGAUAGAGCAUGUUGGAGGAGAUAUGUUUGAAAGUGUUCCACAAGGUGAUGCAAUUAUACUAAAGCUUGUAUGUCAUAAUUGGCCAGAUGAAGAUUGCAUAAAAUUUUUAAGAAAUUGCCACAAAGCUUUGCCGCAGCAUGGAAAGGUGAUUGUUCUGGAUUUUAUAAUGCCAGAAGUUCCAAACUCAAGCAACAUAUCUAAGCAUAUUUGUGCCAUCGACAAUCUCAUGUUUUUAGCACACGAUGGAAAGGAAAGAACUGAGAAUGAAUUUCGGAACUUGUGCAAGAGUUCUGGUUUUUCCAAAUUUCAUAUUGCAUCCACUGACCGCACAGCUAUGACAGGAGUGAUGGAAUUUUAUAAGUAG